ACUGUGAUCGACAUUUCUCAUCAUUUAACGCAAAUCGGACAGUCGCCACGGUCUCGUCGAACAUUGAAAAAUCGCAUCGUAUCCUCUCCCGAAGCCACUGCGAUCACAUCUCCUAUCCCGGGUAUAGUGUCCUCCGAUUGCUCUGCUCAAUUAUUGCGACCUGCAGCGGCUAAAUCGGGUUCAUUGGUAGGCCCCUUGGUCGGAAAUUCCGCUAUAAGCAGUCAUUUAUCAGGUGAGACAGAGAUCAGCACACUUAUGUCAGGAGUACGAAGUAACCCGUCCACAGGAGUUAAGCGCCAUCGAAAUCGAAAUCGCCAUGGUGGUUCCAGAAUGGAUUCUGCUACUAGUGCAUCGUAG